AAGGAGCAGAAAAAGAAAGAAAGCAAUCCUUUGGGCCUUCCAGUUCUUCCCCUUACCUCUGUUGCCCAAGCUCUCCCUCCUUCACAGUACCCCCACCCCCUCCUGCCCUGCCCUGGACCGUCUCCCAUUCCCUCCCUUCUCCUUCGGGCCGGACAUAUGGAACCCAUUUCGCUGGUGACAUUGAAGAGCCGCCGGUGCUCCCGCCUUCCGCCAUGGCGCCCCCGAAACCCCCGCGCUUCUCUGUGGCCCUGUCAGUUGCCACUUCUUUCGCCCGGCGACUCGGUCACCUCUCAGAUCGGGUCCCGCACCAACCUGGGUUUUCCGCAGCCCGGCGCCGGCCUUGGUGGGACCGCGGGCUCGCCCUACCGGGAGCUUCCCUGGGCAGGAGCCCGGCUCCGCAGGCGGAACAAAGCCGGGGGCGGGGGCGAGGCGCUGGCCGCCCUCUUUCUCCCUCACCACCCCCCUCCACACGGCGGAGGUGCUCCCGGGGCCAAGCGACCAGGAUGUGGCCGGCCCAGGCGCAUCCCCAGCUCGGGCUGAGGGUCCCAGGACUGGCCAUCAGCUCUCAUGCGUUCCCCGCACCCGCCCGCCCGCCGCAGUUCGCACCCUAGUCCGAGACCGCACAGGAGGGGAGAUUUCUCGCCUGCCGCUCGCGCUGGGGCUCGAUGUGAAUAUAUAUUAUGUCUGCCUGUUCUCCCCUCGUCGGUGGCUAAGGUCAGCCGCUUGGAACAGACCCGGGAGGAGGGGGGCAGAAAGGGGAGGGGGGUCCGGCGUGUCACGUGACCCCCAGGGGUGCCAAUGUCCGGUCGUGAGGGUAUCAGGCCCUUGCAAGUUGCCACCCACUGCCCGGGCCUCGCCCAGCGAUGCAGAAAGCCACCUACUACGACAACACCGCAGCUGCGCUCUUCGGAGGCUACUCCUCGUACCCUGGCAGCAAUGGUUUCGGCUACGACGGGCCUCCCCAAGCCCCCUUUCAGGCCGCCGCGCACCUGGAGGGUGACUACCAGCGCUCAGCGUGUUCCCUGCAGUCCCUGGGCAAUGCGGCCCCACAUGCCAAGAGCAAGGAGCUCAACGGCAGCUGCAUGAGGCCAGGUCUGGCCCCAGAGCCCCUGUCCGCACCUCCGGGCUCACCCCCUCCCAGCGCCGCACCUACCAGUACCACUAGCAACAGCAAUAACGGGGGCGGGCCCAGCAAAAGCGGCCCCCCCAAGUGCGGUGCCGGCUCCAACUCCACCCUCACCAAACAGAUAUUCCCCUGGAUGAAAGAGUCGAGGCAAACGUCCAAGCUGAAAAACAGCUCCCCCGGCACAGCAGAAGGUUGUGGUGGUGGUGGCAGCGGCGGCGGCAGUGGUGGUGGCGGCGGCGGCGGCAGCAGCGGCGGGGGCGGCAGCGGCGGCGGGGGAGGGGACAAGAGCCCCCCGGGGUCGGCGGCGUCCAAGCGGGCGCGGACCGCGUACACAAGCGCGCAGCUGGUUGAGCUGGAGAAGGAGUUCCACUUCAACCGUUACUUGUGCCGGCCGCGCCGGGUCGAGAUGGCCAAUCUGCUGAACCUCAGCGAGCGCCAGAUCAAGAUCUGGUUCCAGAACCGCCGCAUGAAGUACAAGAAAGACCAGAAGGCCAAGGGGCUGGCCUCGUCCUCCGGGGGUCCCUCUCCGGCCGGAAGCCCCCCGCAGCCCAUGCAGUCCACGGCCGGCUUCAUGAACGCCUUACACUCCAUGACCCCCAGCUACGACAGCCCGUCCCCACCAGCCUUCGGCAAAGGCCACCAGAAUGCCUACGCGCUGCCUUCCAACUACCAGCCCCCUCUCAAGGGUUGCGGCGCCCCACAGAAGUACCCCCCGACCCCGGCGCCAGAAUAUGAGCCCCACGUCCUCCAAGCCAACGGGGGUGCCUACGGGACGCCCACCAUGCAGGGCAGUCCGGUGUACGUGGGCGGGGGUGGCUACGCGGAUUCGCUGCCGCCCCCUGCCGGCCCCUCCCUCUACGGCCUCAAUCACCUUUCCCACCACCCCUCGGGGAACCUGGACUACAACGGGGCGGCCCCUAUGGCCCCCAGCCAGCAUCACGGACCCUGUGACCCUCACCCCACGUACACAGACCUCUCCUCUCACCACGCACCGCCUCAGGGUAGAAUCCAAGAAGCGCCCAAACUGACACACCUGUGAUGUGAGGGGCGGGAUGGGGAGGGCAGGGGAAGGGGGUGAGGUUAAGGGCCAGGGAGACGGUGGAACUGGGGGAUGGGCGCGGUUUGGAGUCCUGAAAGAGGUGUGUGUUGGGGUUGUUGCCAGGUUUCCAGAAACAGAACAGGCCUGGGGUGCCUUCCCUACUCCCAGGCCCGAGGGGCUGUCUUUUAAGUCCUCCACGCCUGGUUCCAUCUGCCUGCCAACACCCUUGGAAAGGAAUCCACAGCAGGUUGGAGACGGACCACAUCAAUCCCAGGGUUCCCAGGGUUCCCGCACUACCAAGUUGGAAUUUCACAGUGGAGAGGUGAAGUGGAGUCGGGCAGAGAGAGCCAGGAUAGGCAAGCAGGGCAAAGAAGCACAUUCAAAACUUUAAUGGCUUGGCUAUCAUCAAGCAAUCAACUUACCUUGCAUCUCUGUGGGUAAUUUCCCCCAAAUCUUGAUGAUUAUUAUUUUUUUGUUCUCCCUUUCAGUCUCCUUAUGAAAAAUAAGAAAAUACAUUUAAAUCUAAGGGCACAAAGUAUGUUUCUCCCCUACUUCCCUGAAACUUCAAUGUGCCACCCAUCUACUUUAUAUUUCUUGCGGUGGCCAUCAUUUCUAGCCCUAUGAUUUUCUGCUCUAAGGACAUUCCUAUCUUCACCCCACCCCUAUCGAUUACAAUUUUCAGAGGGCUCAGGGAUGGCAAGAUAUCCUGAAAGUCAGAGCUGCCUAUAAUAUAAAUAAAUAUAUAUAUUUUUUUCUUUUAAGGAAAAGCUAAGAGGCGAAGGCAGGCAAGCUGUCAGGACUGGAGCCUUGCCCUGAUAGCUCGCUCUGCUCUCGCUCGCUCGACAGCCUCUCAGCUCCCACCCCAUCCCACUCUCCACAGAAAGCUCUCCACUUUCCUUUUGCUUCUGUUAUUCUCUUGACUUAACGUGAAAACAGGGUAUAUUUGAACAAACUGUCUGUCCUAGGCAGGUGCUGCAGCUGGGCCUGUGUCCCUUGCUCCAGUUCCUGACAGGGCAUUCUUGUUGCACUUGGAGUUUACAUUUUAAUGGAUAUUAAAAAAAAAAAAAAACACAACUGUGAGAGUUGCCUGGGUCUGCAGAAGUCCAGCUUCGCUCAAAAAGCGUGUGUUCUAGUGAACAUUUUCAUAUAUAUUUAUUGGUUAUAGCCUGUUAAAAUAUUUUCUUUUUUGUAUUAUUUAUCCCCCUACAUUAUGUAUUUAUAUGAGGGACAAAAAAGGAAAAAAAUGUACUUUUUUAGUAUUUACUUGUUAUAAAGGAUGUUGUGUUUCCUGUCAUGUAAAACCAGCUAUUUUAGUUUUUAUUGUAUUCUAGACAAGAGCUGUAGCUUUAUGUUAAACUCGUACUUAUGAGAAAUUGUAAUUAGUUCUAAAAGGCAUGAACUCAGCUCCUAAAUGUCACUGUAUAGCCCUGAAUUUGUAGAGAUAAGAAGUUAAUUCUCUCUUGGAGCUCUCUCUGUUCUUCCGUAGUUAUUUUUUCCUUAGUUAAGAGAGUUGUCUGUCAAAACAAUUCUUGAAUAAACUUUCUGUUAUCAAUUUUA